CUCUCCAAAUCUUCACCAUGUCAGACGAACAAGUAUUAAUUUCAGAGUUGAAUCAGGCAUUAUUGGGAGUCUUCGGGCACGGUAUCCAUACUUGCAUCAUGGCAUUCGCUUUAUGGGCAAUAUGUGUGUUCGUCCCCGAUUUUUCAGUACCGUGCAUUAUAUAAACAUCAAUAGUCUCGACCAAAGAAUGCCGACCCAAAGCACGAAUCAUCAUGGCUUUCUUCAUUGUAUGCUUGUAUAUCUUCGCCACGAUUUAUGUGGCCAUAGAUUGGGUUUACACUAUCUACUAUAUCGAGAAAGGAAAAGAAAGCUCUAACUUUAUUCACAACUUAUACCAUGCAUCGGUAGUCGGGUUUGGUAUAAAUACUGGCAUUGCUGACGGUAUCACGAUCUGGCGCUAUUGGAUUAUCUGGGGCCGCCGUUGGUCAUUUGUUAUACCACCAAUACUACUUUUUCUGGCUCAAGCAGUCUGUGCUGGUUUCGCAUUCCAAGGAGGCUUACACGCUGCUUCAACUGCUCCCGGGACAUCGCUGGAAAUCUUCUGGAUGAUGAUGUUCAUUUCCUUCUCCUUAGGAACCACCCUUUGGUGCACCACACUCAUAAUCUAUCGUAUCCUGACAGUCAAGAAAUAUACAGACGACAGCACAGGUACACGGGUUUACCGCCGAGUUGUCGAGAUUCUAGUUGAAUCUGCCUCACUUCAUGCCGUUGGCUUAGUAGGAUGCAUGGUGUUACUCGAUAUUAACGCCGUUGCAUCUUUUUACCCGCCGAGUCUCUACAUCGCAAUAACUUCGAUCUCACCCACGCUUAUCGUGGCACGCGUAGCAUCGGGGAAUGCACGUCCUGAUGACGACUGGCAAGCAAGCAACGGCGCUUCUUCCUUACGGUUUGGAUCUACAGCUCACUCGACAAUGGAUCAGAGAUGACUGGUAGUUGCAAGCCCGAGGGCGAUGUGGAUAUCGAAAAGGGAGCUGACGCGCCGGAGAACAGGAGGACGGAGGCUGCUUCAGAUCUGUGACCAUGUUGGAUAGCAGGGUGCUUGUUUUAGACAC